GCCACCCAUAACGCGGACUAGAGAAUUGAGUACACUUCAUGUCAAUCUAUUCUACUGUUUUCCUUCUGGAUUUUUCUCCUCCUUUCUGCUCCAGCAAUAGCAAGAGCUGAAGGUGUUCUGGGUAACUUUGUUCAGUAGCAAAUGGUUUGACGUGGGGAUGACUAGAUGAGAACAUGAGAGUCAAUAUAUCGGUGGAGCUCACAAAAACCAAUUUGAGUUGGUCCAUACUCGUCGCAGACCAAACAACUCUGCCGAAUGGCAUGUUUUCUGGCUCUCUUACACCUUCCAAGUUGGAUGUUGCAAUCGAUACGGGGAACCCCUUCCUUCAUCACACCAUACAUGGCUUCCUUAAGAUCGGAACAGUGGCAGCCAUGAGAGUAGCAGCGGAAGAAAUCUAUUACCGCUUGCAGAAAGGAAAAUUUUCAAAACACAAAUUCAAGCACAAGCUGAAGAAGAUGUACAAGGAAGGAACUUACUGGGGAACCGUAGCUGGAGCAUAUGUGGGAAUGGGGCAUGGAAUUCAAAGGAUCUGUGGCACCAGAGACUGGAGGAAUGCAAUGCUCAGUGGAGCGCUAAGCGGAGCUCUCAUUUCUGCAACCAAAAACAAUAGCAGAGACAGGAUCAUGAUUGAUGCAAUUACAGGAGGUGCCAUUGCUAUUGCUGCAGAGUUACUCAAUUAUACUAUCCCAAUUCCCAACUAGGGGUGCAACUGGGGUGGGUUUGGAUUGAGAGAUUGUUAAAAUUUGAAUGGACCUGCCCCUGAAUGCCUCGGCCUAACACUGUAAAUCUGUCAUCUCCGGUAGACAGGUACCUGACAUGCAUCCCUAAUCUGAACAGAAGGAACCAAGACAACUACCAGACUCCCAGAUAUUUUAGGAAAGCAGCAUUUACUAGUUCAUUCUUCUUCUUUCCUUAGAUUGCAAGAAAUAGCUAGUUUGAUGUAUCAUUCUGACGGUAUCUGAGUUUUCCACAAGUCUACCAUACAACUGAAUGUUCAUAGCAUCUCUAUGUUGGAUAUGGAACCAUAGGAAAGGAAAAGGUUUUAGGUUGUUACAGGAGAUAAGACAUUAAUGAUCUCAAAUUUUGAGAACAUCAUGGACACAUUUUCUUUGAAGGUUGUAAGCUUAACCUAUUUGUCAGAUCCAGCUUGAGCUUAACGCACAAGAAAUGGACAUCAGUAGCCCUGCCAUUUGGUUGGUCCAGAACAAGAUGUCCAUUUCUUGAUAAAGAUUGCUCAUCUUUGUCAAAAACAUCUUCUAUCAUCUUCUGUAGCGGUUUAAUAAUGUAGCUUCCUAGGUGCAUGGUGUCUUCAA